AAGUAUGUGAAAAUAAUUUUGCUGAUAAUAAAGGAGUUGAAAAACUCUAGAUAUAAAUAUGUAUUUCCAAACCUUGACUGCAUAAUGGAAAAAUGGGGGGAAAUGCAAUAAGUUGAUCUAAAAUUUUGCUGAGUGACACUUUUAUAGGAAAGUGGUGACACGGUUUCAUAAUGUGAAGGAUGAUAAAUUUAGUAAUAAUGAUAACAAUCAAAAUUAGUUGAACAAUAAGAUGAUGAACAUUCCCAUGAAGGAUUUUGGUUUAAACAACAUAGUUCAAAAUCAUGGAGUCCUUUCGGAAACUUUGCCCCUUAUCGAGUCUCCUCCUCCUCCGCAUGACUACGAGUAUUUGUGCCACCCCACCAGCAUUGUGCACCAACCACAACAUCUGCAUACAAAUAUUCCUCAAAGUGGGGUCAGCGGGGACUGCAUCUCUUCGCAACAAUCCCAUAAUAAUGGUGUUGUACAUUAUGGCAAUCAAGGACCAUCUACAACGUAUUCGCUUAUGUCGUUCUCGGAAAGGGAGAGUGUCACAACAAGUUUAUAUAACUUGGUGACCACAACACCGGUCUUGACGACUGCAACUAUAAUUAACCCUCCGACCUAUGGUCCACACAUUCUGAGCACCCACGAAACCGUCUCAUCCAUUCCCAACCAAGGUGGAGUCGGUCAUCGUGACACCGACGGAGUCUCAUCAACGUCUCCAAGUGAUCACAGGUACGACGAGUUGGGCAAUCUCCGAGCCAGGAAUGAAUCUUUUCCGGCAUUACACAACAAUUAUCCGCCUGGUCAUGAACGGAAGAUGAAUUAUCAACACCAUUUCAAUUCAUCGCAAUCAUCACAUCAUCGCAAAAGGAAACGUCAAAGUCGUUGGAAUAAAUCAAAAGCCACAAUUUUGCAACCCUCUUGAGUGCAUGGCGUAUUAUGGAAUUGAUUCGUGUAGUUUGGGGAGAGAAGAUUUGAGCUGCACUUUCGGAAAUUAAAAAUGUCUUUGAUGUUUCAAGUUGAAGUCAGAAAUAUUUCAUAAGUAUAGCAAUUCAAAGGAACAUGAUACAUUCUAAUUGAUUUCUGGGAACGUGGACAGCUUAAACUAAUCAACAAGUACAAAUAGUUAUUUUAGGAUUAGUGAAAUGUACAUGCUCAUCGUUACUGAAACAAAGCAAGCCAACGGGCAAUGUUGGACGCAAUAUGUAAUACCCGUUGGCACUUUAGAAGACACAAUAAAGCCAACGUCGCGUCGGUGGAAUGUAUGUGAACGUGGUUGCUACUUUUACAUGUAGACUGUAAAAAUGCUAAGAAUACACUCCUUAUUCGGUCUAUUACCACAAGUUGCAUUAUGAAUUGACGGUAAGAAGCAGCUCCGACUCGAGACACAAAUUAAAUAAAUAAACAAAAGUUACAAAACU